UUAUGAAGGACUGAGCUGCAGGUUAAUGGUGCUUGUUUAGCAGGUAGCGGGGAUCAUGAAGCAGCUGUCCGCAGACACCGUGCGGCUGCUGUCCAGCUCGCAGGUCAUCACUUCUGUGGUGAACGUCGUCAAAGAGCUGAUAGAAAACUCCCUGGAUGCUGGAGCUUCAAGCGUCGACGUUAAACUGGAGAACUAUGGCUUGGACCGGAUAGAGGUACGUGACAACGGUCAUGGGGUCAAAGCUGCAGAUACAGCCGUAAUGGCUGUGAGACAUUUCACCUCAAAGAUCAGCAACCACGAGGACCUCGAGCAGCUGGAGACGUAUGGUUUCCGAGGGGAGGCACUGGGCUCCAUCUGCGCUGUGGCCGAGGUGACGGUCACUACGAAGACCGAGGAUGACGACAUCAGCACCCAGUACACACUUAACGCCACAGGAUGCAUUGUGUCCCAGAAGCCGUCUCACUUGGGUCAAGGAACAACGGUGAGCGCACUGAAGAUUUUUAAGAACCUCCCGGUGAGACGGCAGUACUACUCCUCAGUGAAGAAGUGCAAGGAGGAACUGAAGAAAGUGCAGGACCUGCUGAUGGCCUACGCUAUUAUAAAACCCGACUUGAGGCUCACGCUCGCUCACAAUAAGGUGGUGGUUUGGCAGAAGGCCAAGGUGGUCGAUCACCGGAGCGCCCUCCUCGCUACGCUGGGGCCCGGCAUUGUUGCCAACCUGCUCCCUCGCCACCAUCGCCAGGAGCAACCAGAGGUUCUUUUAGAUGGUUUCUUUCCAAAACCUGGAGCAGAUUAUUCUUCUACAAGCAUCUCCAGCCCUGAUAAAACAUUCAUAUUUGUCAACAACCGGCCCGUCCACCUUAAAGACAUAAUGAAGUUGUUGCGUCAACACUACAAUGCUCAGUAUCCAGAUGACCGAAAUCGAUAUCCCAUCCUCAUGCUUCAAAUCGCUGUUUCACCUUCCUCGGUGGACGUCAAUCUGACACCGGACAAGACCCAGGUUCUCCUUCAUAACAAGGAGGCUGUGCUGACUGCAAUCGAGGAUUUGCUGGUUUCUCUGUAUCGGCCCAGCAGUGACCCUCCACCGGAGGAUCAGCUCCUCCAUGAAACAUCUCCUCCACCAUCCAGUCCUCUACAGACUGAUGCUGCACAACCAGACAACGAGAGGAGUGAUAAGAGCGAUAUCACUCCCAACGAUCAUGGUGGAGACAUUCUCGAAGAUGCACCUGAAAGCUGUGACGCAGAUCUGUCAGCAGCAGCGAACGCCGAUGUUUCACCGAAGUGUCAGACCUCCAUGAACAGCUCCUCGUCCUCCAUCGCAGAGGACUGGAUCGUCAACCAGAUCCCAGGUGGGCUCGAGUCUAACUUUUCUCUCUAUGAUGAUGAUAUAAUGAUAUCAGCAGCGAGCAAAUCCCCCGAGAAAGGUGAGGACUCGUUAGAUAAGCUAUCAGCCGAGGAUUGGAGCAGAGGGACGGCUCUGACCGACCCGGUGUCCGGAGAACCGCUUCAACCCAUCACCAUCCACCAACCCUCAAAGCCCAAUCACUCGGACUCGGACGAUAAGAAUCAGAGCGGCUCGAAUAAAAAGUUUCAAUUCAACGUCAUCACGGAGAAGCGGGCGGCUCUGACGGCGUACGACCUGAUCAGCAACCGCGUGACGAGGGCACCGCUGUCUCCCGCCGCCCUCUUCGAGAAGGAGGCCAGAGCCGAGAUCCUGAGGGAGAAACCCGCAGCCAGCCUGCAGGAUAUCAGCGUCGCCGUUCACGAGAGAUGGAAAAAUCUGAGGGAGGAAGACCGUAAGAAGUAUGAGGACAAAGCAAAAAAACACCUGGAGCACCACGACCACAGGACCAAGUUGGCCUCUGCUGAAGGUCCCAGAGAGACGAGUGGGAGCGCCCCGAGAGGCCACGCGCAGGGCCAGAAACGCAAGGCCCCGCUCUCCAACCAGCAGCUGCUGGACGAGCUCUUCUCCGCUCAGCCCCAGAAGAAGAUGAGGAGCCCUCCGUCUAAACCCUCACAGCCCCUCCCCUGUAGCGUGGCUGCCCUUCGGCUGCAGCUCCAGCGCCUCUCAUCCCAGAGCAGCGCAGCACCGCGGGGCCUCCGUCUUGUAAACCGGCUGGCCUCUCAGAGCGCCUGGGUCAUUUUAUGUGGUCAGAGGCUCAUGUUGUUAAACCCAUUUCGAGUGGAGGAGGCCUUGUUGUUUAAGAGACUUCUAGAGAAUAAUAUACUUCCAGCAGUGAGUCUGCAGAACCCUAUACAGUUAACAGAUGGAAACCUGAGAGGAGCUGAAUAUGUUGAAGCUUUGUGUAACAUGGAGAAACAAAGUCCUGAGCUCAACGGACAGACGUUCAUCUCCGAUCCUCGAGUCGUGUCUAACGGGUUUAAAAUCAGACUCACUCCAGGCCUCACGUCAGCCGAGAGACAUCUGGAAGUGACAGCUAUGGCAGACUGCGUGCCUUUCCUCGGCGUGGAGGACCUCAGGGAGAUCCUGACUGCAGUUCUUCACAGGAAGGCCAGCACUGUGCAGGAGAGCCGGCCACUUAAAGUCACAAACUACCUACAAGGUGAAGCAGUUCGAUUGGCCCGUCAGCUGCCGACACAUUUAUCCAAAGAAGACGUGCAGGAGACGCUUCUACGGAUGGAGCAGCAGCUUGAUGAGAACAACCGGACUUGUUUUCAUGGUCGACCUUUUCUACAACACCUAUCUGACGUCCCGUCUACAGACCAGGAAGCUGAGGCUCUGAUCAAACCUCUAGAGCUGUGAAAAAGACACAAACACCCUUUUAAAAAACACUCAGUGCAAUAUCAAUUUACAGCUGUGUCGUUUUUUAUGCAGUAGAUUAUGAUUUCAGUUCAGCUCUAAUUCUGUACAGCUUUGUUUCUAACAGAGUUUAAUAAAUGUAUGU